AACCGAGCUAAGUUAAGCUAACCGUUCUCAUGUUUUUAAACUAACCUAAAUUUUAACAAUGUAAUACAAUAGGAUACCCGUUAUUUCUUCCCCCAUUUUUUAAUUUUCCCCACUAUUCUCAAUGUGAGAAUUCAUAUGGCAUCUUAGUCUGUCAGUUUCAUUUGCGCAAAUAUGAUAUGUGGUUGCUGUCAUAUCCGCUCUAUUUAAUCAAAUAUUUAAAUAUUAUGUCGGAAAUUCGUAAGAGAACAAUUGGAGAUACAUCAGCUGAAACGCGGGAUGUCAGUGAUGAUCAGAAAGAAGAUGUAGAAUCUGAAGAUGAUGCAAAGCUGGAAGUUGAAGAAUUGGCUAAAACUUUACCACAAGGAACAGAUCAUACUCCACAUAUUUUGGAUUCAAUUCUUUCAGGCUUAUCUGAUCGCUGGAAAAAUUGGGUAAUUAGAAGUAUUUUUACCUUGUUUAUGAUUGCUGGUUUUUGUGGUAUUAUUUAUAUUGGACCAUUAGCUUUGAUGGCUACGACAUUGAUUGUACAAGUAAAGUGUUUUCAAGAAAUCAUUAAUAUUGGAUAUGCAGUUUAUAGAAUUCAUGGUUUACCAUGGUUCAGAUCUCUAUCAUGGUAUUUCCUGAUUACUUCCAAUUAUUUCUUUUAUGGAGAAAAUUUAAUGGAUUAUUUUGCUGUAGUAAUUAACCGUACAGAAUAUCUACGUGUACUUGUUACAUAUCAUCGUUUUAUUUCAUUUUGUCUAUACAUUGUUGGUUUUGUAUGGUUUGUACUGUCACUUGUAAAAAAAUAUUAUAUGAAACAAUUUUCUCUAUUUGCUUGGACUCAUGUUGCUUUACUUAUUGUUGUGACACAAAGUUAUCUUAUAAUUAAAAAUAUUUUUGAAGGCUUGAUAUGGUUCAUUGUUCCAGUUAGUAUGAUAGUGAUAAAUGAUGUAAUGGCAUAUAUGUUUGGUUUCUUUUUUGGUAAAACACCUUUAAUUAAAUUAUCACCAAAAAAAACUUGGGAAGGUUUUAUAGGUGGUGGUAUUUCAACAGUUUUGCUUGGCUUAUUGAUUUCAUAUAUUAUGUGUCAGUAUCGUUACUUUGUUUGUCCUAUUGAAUAUAGUGAAACUUUGGGACGAAUGACUAUGGAUUGUGAACCAUCUAUUUUAUUUCAACCUCAAGAAUAUACUUUGCCUAAUAGUUUACAAGUUGUAUUUAAAAUGUUUAGUGGAAAAUCGACCAUAACUUUGUAUCCAUUUUUACUUCAUUCAUUAUCAAUGUCAGUAUUUAGUUCUGUAAUUGGACCAUUUGGAGGUUUCUUUGCAAGUGGUUUUAAGAGAGCAUUUAAAAUUAAGGACUUUGGAGAUGUUAUUCCUGGUCAUGGAGGAAUAAUGGAUAGAUUUGACUGUCAGUAUUUAAUGGCAACAUUUGUAAAUGUCUAUAUAUCUUCAUUUAUUCAAACUGCUUCACCUCAAAAACUUUUGCAACAGGUUUAUAGCUUAAAACCAGAACAACAAUUACAAUUGUUUCAAACAUUAAAGGAUUCAUUAGAAAAUAGAGGUUUGUUAAAUAUUUAUUGAUGUUCUAAUAUUAAUGAUGAUUAUUAAUAAUCAAUGGAAUUACUUUAAAAUAGCAGAAAGUGUUAGAAAUAUUAUUUCUAACAUUUAUUUGAAUGUGCAAUGUACGUUUAUACAAUAGCAUUAACAAUAUUAAAUACAAUAUAUAUAAACAACAGUAAUAUUAAUUAUAAAAUAUACUAAAUUAUGAUGAUAAAGUUUAUUUUAUAACUAGAAAUUAAGAAACAUUAAACAUUUGUAGUUUUUU